AUGGCGUCAAAGAUGAGAUGCAGCAGAACAAAAAAAUUGCUACAACAAGGUCAUGCUGAAAAUUAUAAUGAUCAAAGGAGAAUGGAAGAAAUGUAUAAUCAUCAGAAUUUUGUUUCCAGUACAGUUCAAAGUGAAGGUUCUGUUUCUAAGAGAGGUCAACAUUCUGAGGUUAAAUCAAGGACAUCAACACGUGCAUUUGAGUUAGCAAUGACAGAACAGAAUCAAUGUCUACACAGUCAGUAUAGUUCUGUAUGUCAAAAUGUGAAUAUAUCUGAACAUCGGAACAACCGAUUUAGAGAAACAUUGGAGCAUUCAGAAAGUAGUAGUUCUUCUCAAUUUGUGCAGACCGAUGAAAUUAGAGAUUCAGAUCAAUAUUCACAUUCAUUUGGGCAAGCAUCAUAUCAAAGAAGUAGACAAGGAUUGAUCGUCACAUAUCAAGAUUCUGGUGAUAAUGUGUACACAUGUAGUCAUUGCAAUGCCUGUUUUUGGUCUGGAGAAGCACUUAAACGAUCCACUUCAAAUGGACCUCUUAUAUAUACAAAUUGCUGCAGAAGAGGUCAAAUCAAACUUGGACAAUCAAAACCAACUCCUGCUUUUCUUGAAAGAUUAUUAGAUCCAAAUAAUGGUCCACAAAGCAGAACUUUUAGAGAAAAUAUUAGAGUUUAUAACUCAAUGUUUUCAUUUACAUCAAUGGGAACAGCAAUUGAUCAGAAAAUAAAUACUGAAUUAGGUCCUUAUGUUUUUAAAAUUAGCGGUCAAGUACACUAUUUAAUGGGUUUUAUAUUACCUUCUGAUGGACUAUGUCCUCAAUAUGCUUAA